CGGUCGCAGUCGCCGCCAUGAGCGCGGCCGUGGCGGCGGCCGGGCAGAGGGUGCUCGGGGCGGGCUGGGGGGCCCGCGCCACCGCCGCCCUGUGCCGCGGGCUCCGCUUCGGCCCCCCGAGGCUGCAGGACAUCGCGGGGGCGGCUGCCAAGGAGACGGAGAAGCAGAGCGCGACCGAGCAGAGCCCUUUAAUCCUGCAGAGGAGCUCCAUGAGAUGGGAUGGAAAGGUUUAUGAAGAGAUCCCAAUAGCGCACAUCAAAGCGACGUACAACAACACCCACGUCCAGGUGGUCAGCUUUGACAGCCGGCCGCUCGCCCACACGUCCUGUGGCACAGAAGGCUUCCAGAAUGCCAAGAAGGGAACGGCCAUUGCCGCACAAACCGCGGCCAUGGCAGCAGCUGUGAAAGCACGUGGGAAAGGCGUAUUGCACGUGCGAGUCGUGGUGAAAGGACUGGGACCGGGACGCAAAGCUGCCAUCAAGGGUUUGACAAUGGGAGGUUUGGAGGUGAUCUCCAUCACCGACAACACCCCGGUUCCCCACAACGGCUGCCGCCCUCGGAAAGCCAGGAGAAUGUGAGGGGGCACUGGAAGAGACACACAGCUUUCAACAUCAGUCCUUGCAACAGGGACUGGGUUGAAUGUUGCUCCUGUGACAGACUCUGGAAAGCCUCCCUCCCUGGAAAUACUUGCUGAGGGAAGCUUGAAGAGGAGAGACCAUCCUGGGCCUUAAAAGCCCAGGUGAUAGAAGCUGGUGGUGAAAGCAGGCAUACAUGUGCUCCCUUAGUGGGAAGCCUCUUGUCUACAAAGUUUGUUGAUUAAAAUGUUGUUUUUUUGACAGCCA